GCCUGGGACGGCUUCGGCCCGGCGCCUCCUCUGGGCGGGCUCCUAUGCAGCCCGCGAGGUCCGGGCGAGCUUCCUGGCGACUCCACCCGCCCCCUGAAAUUCUCGAAUCUCUGUUUCUGGGGCUUAUCCAUUUCUGCUUCCGUCACUGCCAGCGGCCUGCCGCCCACCCGCGGCCCCCAGGCUCUGCCUGGGGUCGGUCUCUUGGUGGACUGUAGUGAAGGUCUCAGGAGCGCUCAGCCACACGCCAGAGGCUGGAAGCCAGCGAGGUCGGCGUAUCUGCCCAUGAACUUGGUGGUUCCGGGCUCGGAGCUCAAGCCUUUACACUUUCCUGCAGCCUAGAAGAGAGAGAGAGAGCACUCAAGCAAGCAGAGGGAGAAGGAGAGAGAGAAUCUCAAGCAGACUCAGCAGGAGGCCAACCCUGGGCUCUAUCUCACAGCUCUCAGAUCAUGACCUGAGCGGAAGUCAAGAGUGGGAGGCUUUAACCUACUGAGCCGCUCGGGUGCCCCGACUGAGCUCGUGUUUUGUGGGAGUACUCUGGCUGCUGUGGACAGAGUGAGUGCAGGUGGAAGCCGACGGGUUGACGAGGAUGCUGCAACUAAUGAUCCAGGCAAGAUGUGAUGGUUGCCGGGAGAGUAAUGAGAGGUUCCGCCGGGGAAGGCGUGCCGCCGCCAGGCUCCGCCCCCUCUGGAACGCAGCAGGCAAAUCGGGUUACAGCAGCAGUCGGCUGCCCCAGAGGCAGAAGCGGGAGGCCUUCUGGGGUCGUCUGCGGGUGGUCUUGCUGGCCCUGGUGGCCCAUGUGCUGGUGCUAGAGAAUGGGCUCCUGCGGAAGCCACCCAUGGGCUGGCUGGCCUGGGAACGCUUUCGCUGCAACACCAACUGCAACGAGGACCCAAAGAACUGCAUCAGUGAGCGGCUCUUCAUGGAGAUGGCCGACCACCUGGCACAGGACGGAUGGCGGGACCUAGGCUACACAUACCUCAACAUUGACGACUGCUGGAUUGGUGGGCGUGACGCUAAAGGCAACCUGGUGCCCGACCCCAAGCGCUUCCCCAACGGCAUUGCCUUCCUGGCUGACUAUGCUCACUCCCUAGGCCUGAAGCUGGGCAUCUACGAGGACAUGGGCAACUUCACCUGUAUGGGCUACCCAGGCACCACACUGGACAAGGUGGUUCAGGACGCUCAAACCUUUGCCGCGUGGAAGGUGGACAUGCUGAAGUUGGAUGGCUGCUUUUCGACCCCCAAGGAACGGGCCGAGGGGUACCCCAAGAUGGCAGCUGCCCUGAAUGCCACAGGCCGCCCCAUCGCCUUCUCCUGCAGUUGGCCAGCCUACGAAGGGGGCCUUCCCCCAAAGGUGAACUACACUCUGCUGGCAGAAAUCUGCAACCUCUGGCGCAACUAUGACGACAUCCAGGACUCCUGGAGUAGCGUGCUCUCCAUCCUGGACUGGUUCGUGGACAACCAGGACAUCCUGCAGCCGGUGGCAGGCCCUGGGCACUGGAACGACCCAGACAUGCUGCUCAUAGGGAACUUUGGCCUCAGCUUUGAGCAAGCCCGGGCCCAGAUGGCACUAUGGACGGUGCUGGCAGCACCCCUCUUCAUGUCCACAGACCUGCGUACCAUCUCAGCCCAGAACAUGGACAUUCUGCAGAAUCCACUCAUGAUCAAAAUCAACCAGGAUCCCUUGGGCAUCCAGGGACGCAGGAUUCGCAAGGAGAAAUCCCGCAUUGAAGUGUUCAUGAGGCCCCUGGCCAACGCGGCCAGCGCCUUAGUCUUCUUCAGCCGCCGGACGGAUAUGCCGUAUCACUACCACUCCUCCCUUGCCCAGCUCAAUUUCAACAGCUCCCACACGUAUGAGGCCCAGAACGUCUACACGGGUGAUGUGAUCAGUGGCCUCCACUCUAAAACCAACUUCACAGUGAUCAUCAACCCCUCAGGGGUGGUGAUGUGGUACCUGUAUCCCAUCAGGAAGCUGGGGACGUCCCAGCACUGAGGAGCUGAGACAUGGGACAGGCUGUGGUGGCGUCGCUGAGCCCAGACUAUGGAGCCUCCACAUGCCGAGGCCAGCAGGCAGGGUUCUCUGAUACCCAGGCCCGCUCGGGGACUUGGCCCCAUCAGACCCAAAGUGCAAUCUCAGGGCCAGGUUCCAUGCCCUGCCCAAGUGUGAACCUUCUUGGAAACUUGUCUUGGGGCGAUUUCCCAUGGCCUUCCUGGCUUCCAUCUUGUGUACGCGGCCCCACAGAUGUUACUGAGCAACUCAGCCAGCCUCCUGAGCCCCCCCAAGCAGGGGGACUGAUAACCCUCUGACCUUUUUGUUCACUCUGAAAUCAGGAAUUUUUUUGGAAAUUUGUAAAUUUGGAAUUUUUCUUACGAUUAGGAGUGGAGAUCUGACCUCUUGUCAGGAACUCCCAUGAAUUGUGUGAUUGGUUUUCCUGCGUGGAUGAGGCCUUAUAGGCUGACCCCACCAAAGUAACCUUGGUUCCGUCAGGUUACCAAUAAAGCUGUUCUUUAACUGAG